AUGGCUGUCAUCGUGGGAGCUGGCCCGUCGGGCCUCCUCCUCGCACAUCUUCUUCUCGAUUGCGCCGCGGAGAAGGAUUCCCUGCGUGGAUUGCUUCCGGUCAGGAUUUUCGAGGCGCGCGACGAUCCGAGAAUCCCAUUGCCGCUGUACAAGACGCGGCAGUAUUGCGUUGGAUUGAGCGCCCGCGGCCGCGAUGCGAUCUCUAGAGUGGAUGGAUUGUGGACCGAGGUGGAGAAGCAAGGGGUCCCCUCUUCGCAGUUUGUGUUGCACAUUGGCGGCCGAGCGAUUGCUCUCAAGAGAAACCCGGACAAACCUUCGCUUCUUGUAAAUCAAAGAUCUCUGGCAGCGGUGCUUGUCAAAGAACUCCAGAAACGUUACUCUCAAAAGCAAGUCCAGGUGAUCUAUGGUGCUCGCUGUGUUGGGGUCGAUUUUAACUCUCGAGCUGUAGAAUUCCGACUUAAAGGUGACGAGACCAUGCAAGUUCCCUACGAUCUCUUGGUUGGUGCUGAUGGUGCUCGAUCGGUCGUUCGAGAAGCUUUCAUCCGAGAGAGAGGCUUUGAUUUCCAGCAAGUAAACACGCCUUAUACUUUCAAGGUCUUGCACGUCCCGAGGCCGGCAGAGCUCUCGGAUGAUGCGGUUCAUUCGUUCAGAGUGGUCACAAAGAAGGAUUCAGGUGAUUGUAACUGUCCAAUCCGUUUUUUUUUCGAGUUUGCUUAUGUAACAGGUAGUACGAGCAUAAACUUUGGUUGCUUCCCGACGCCCGGCGAUGGCAUGUCCGUUCUUCUGGGAUGGUCUCCUGAAACUGAGCCGAAGGAUUUAUUGCAAAUCCAAAACGCUCAAGAGCUGCAAUCUUACGUUGAAAAGUACAUGCCGCCACUUUCAGUGCCUCUCGAGGCUGCGGAAGCAUUCAUCUCGCAAAGGCCAUCAUCUUCAAUGCAGGUCUCUUGCAGCAGGUUCUACGCAGAAAAAGGUAGAGCAGUGUUGAUUGGCGAUGCGGCCCAUGCCAUGUCCAACGCUCUAGGCCAAGGCUGUAAUUCUUCUCUCAAGGACGUGGACACUUUCACUCGAAUGCUAGUCGAGGAGGGAGAUGUGGUUUCAGCAAUGAAAAGAUACUCGACACAGCAAGUUAAAGAAGACCACGCUGCAGCGUACUUGUCCCAGAACGCAUUCCCGGAGUCGAAAUGGCUCCGCCCGGCUUAUCUUCUCGGUAACAUAGUCACUGCUGGUCUGAGCAAGACUCCACUCUCGGCACUGAUCCCUCCUUCCAUUCAAAGCCUGUGCUCGGAAACACUGAUCCCAUACUCGGAGAUUGUGAACAGGAACAAGUUUUGGUUGAAGCUUGUAGAGGUAACGAAUUUACUUAGUGCCAAGGAGUAGAAGCUAUCUAGUCUUUCGCUUGUACUAAUCGCUGCCCAGUUUUUUAGCUCCAUUCUCUUCAUUACCAAAGAAGAGUUGCUUGCUCCCUCGCAUAGAAUUCUCAAAGCAAUUAUUUUGGCAUCUACAAA